AUGAAUAAAAUUAUAAUAUUAAUAAUAAUAUUAUUUUUUAAAUUUAUUCAAAGUCAAAUAGAUAUUAUAGAAAUUAAAUCAGAUAAUACACUCUAUAUAAAAAAUCCAGAAAAAUCAAAAUCAGAUUUUUGUAGUUUCUCUUUUACGUAUCUAACAAUUUUCCCAGAACCUAAAUUUGAAACUGAAGGAUCUAUAAUAGGUAUUUUCGAAAAUGCCCCAUUUACUCAAUUAUAUUUACUAGCAAAUGAUACAUGUUCUCUUAAUGAAUAUAUUAUUCCAAAGAUUACUUUUGGUAAUUAUGUUUUUUCUGUAAAAUCAAACUCAACAUCAGGUGAAAAAUUUUUAUCUACUUAUUUUUCAUGUGAACCAAUUGAUGUUUCAAAAUUAAAAUUUUCAUUUACCCCAUAUCCAAUAUCUCUAAGACAUACACCUUAUCAAAAGGGUGUUUUGAGAAUUGUUGGAUUAAAUAGCUCAUGCUCUUUAGAAAGUAUACCUUAUUAUCAAUUACAAGAUACUGGAUUUGGUUAUUAUUAUAUACCAAACUUUAAUGAUUUUUCUUUGAAUGAUGAAAAUGCAACUUUUCUUUUUUUUAAUUCAAGUUAUACAAUGACAAUUCCAACAAUUUAUAAAAAUUAUAGUAAUAUUAUUGGUGAAAUAAAACCAUAUCCAAAUAAGGAUAAUGUAAUUAAAUUAGGAAAGUAUCAAGGCCCAUUCUUUACAUUUCAAACUUAUUUUAGUUCAGAUGAUACUCCAUAUUUUAUAAUAAAACCAGAUUUUUCUCCUCCAGUUUUAUUAUAUGGAUCAGAGAUAAAUAAUAGUUACACAUAUGCAAAUACUCAAUCAUUUGGUAAUUUCAAUGCAUCUUUAUACUCUCAAAAAUUUAGUGAAGUAGUAAAUGUUUAUAAUUUUCUUAAAAAUGUUAAACAAUAUAAUUUGAGUGUUAUGCCUUCAAGUGCAGAUAUAUCAUAUAAAAAUAUUGGUAAUUUUUCAUUAUUUACUAUUGAAAUUACAAAUUCAGACCAUUAUGAUUUCAGUAAAUAUGUUUAUAUGAUUAAUUCAUUUAGCUCUCCUUUAUUGCAAUGGCCUUAUGGUUUUCUUAGUGGAAAUAAUAAUAAGUAUAAUUUUCAAAUAAGAGGUUUCAACUUACCCAUACCAAUGACUCAAACUUCUUCUUUUGUCAAUAUUAAUUUUUUAAAUAGUAACGGUAUAACCCUUGGUAUAAAUUAUAAUACUAUUGAACCAGGAUUUACAGAAAUUGUAAUGUUUAAUUUUUCUCAUUUAUUUGACUCUACAUAUAUUUUUAGAAUAACAGUAAAACAAAAUGGUGAAAAUCUAGCAAUCAAAGAGAUUUUAUUAGGAACUCGAUCAUUUUCUUUCGAUAAAAUGAUACCUGGUGGUAAUAAAACUUUUGCAACAUUUGAAAUUGUUUAUGAUUAUAGAAAUGAAUAUUUUGAAACUAUUGCUUUAGUAAAUUCUCUUAAUUUAAUAAACACUUACCAUAAUGGUGAUUGGUAUUCAAUUAAUCCAAUGUUACAACUUAAAUUUCCGAAUUUAAAUGAAAUUGAUAUCUUUUCAAUAAAAGAUAUAUCGUUUUUAUAUAAUAAUGUUAUAGUUUCAAAUGAAAAUGUAUCAAAUAUAAUUUAUUUUAAUAUUUCAAAUUUAGAUAGUCACAAUAUACCUAUAUUUUCAAUGAAAUUAAAUGAUCCAGUUUCAGAGAAAAAUUUGAAAUAUUAUUAUUCAACAUGGAGUGAUAAAUUGAAAAUGUUUCAAAUUGAAUUCUUUAUUCCUGCAAAUACUUUAUCAGGUAUCUUACCUUAUAUUUUAUUUUUAUCACAUACAGUACUUCUUAAAAGUUCUAUUUUAUCUUCUCAAUUAUAUAUAAAAUCAAAAUAUUUAGAUAGUUAUGGACCAAUAUUUAGUGAAUUUAAAAAUAAAACAAUUAACAGUACAACAUUUGGAUGGGAAUUUUAUAUUGAAGAUUCAAUUAAUGGAUUUGAUCAUGGUGAAAUUAUAGUUAGAGGUGAUUUAGAUAGUUCGAUUUAUAAAUUUCAAAUUUCAUCAUUAAAUAAUUUAUUAAUUGGUAAUAAAUAUAGAGGAAAAUAUGAAAUAUUAAUUAAUUUACAAACUAAUGUUUGUGCAUCACAAAAUUAUAUAAUAACAAAUGUAAAUUUAUAUGAUACACAAUCGAAUUUAGCAACUUUUUCAAAAUUAGAUAAUAAUCAACAAAUAUCAUAUAAAACACCAUUUAUAAAUUAUAUGGAUAAUCCAGAUAUUUUAAAACAUUUUAAAGAUUGUGGAAACUAUGAAGAUGUAACACCACCAAAAGUAAACCAUUUUGAAAUGAAAAAGAAUGGUAGUGAAAUACUAGUAUUUGAUAUAUUGGUUGAAGAUAUUGAAUCUGGUUUAAAGUAUGACCAAUAUCCAAUUGUAUAUUUAACAAGUGAAUAUUUAGAUGUGGUUGAAUGUAUUUCAGAAAUUAUAUCAAUUAAUUCAACCAAUGCUAAAUAUAGAUGUGAAAUGAAGGUACCAUAUGGGUUUGGCUAUGGUUGUGGUGUAUUAGUUGGUGUUUAUGGUUUUAUUAAUAAUGGAGGUUUUUAUUCAGGUUUUGAAGAAAAUUAUGAUGGUUCAAUCAUGGAUUAUAGUAUUUAUCCAAAUUUGGUAAUUACCAAUACAAGUUCUAUAACUUCCAAUGGUGAUGGUAGUUUAUGGAUAAUGGGUAGUGGAUUCAAUGGUUAUAUCAAUGUUAAAGUUUAUUAUUCUGAUACCAAAUUAACGCCACCAUCAGAUAAUUUGUCACCAAUAAUUAUUUAUUAUUCAGCACUAAUCAUUACAGGAUUAAAAGCAACUGAUAAACCAUUUACUAUUCAAAUUGAAAUGACUAAAAGUUCAGAAACAUAUCUAUCAAAUAUUUAUACAGUUAAUCCAGUUGUAUUUGAUUAUAGUUAUGUUGAACCAACAACAACACCAUUACCAACAACUCCACCACAAAAAUGUAUAGGUUCACCAGAAUGUGGUGGUUCAGGUCAUGGUUAUUGUAAUGGGUUACAAGGAUGUAUAUGUUAUUCGCCAUGGGUUGGAUUGGGUUGUACUUCAAAAGUUGUAGUUAUACCACCACCAAAAUUAAAUUCAACAACACCAACAUCUGAAUUACCAGUAUUAGGUGAAGGUGAAAAUAAUAAUAAUAAUAAUAAUUCAACAAAUAUAUUAUUUAAAUCAUUAAUAUCAAUUGUAUCAUUAAGAGAAUUAAAUUUUCAAGGUAAUGUUGUAAAUGAAUUUAAAUUUGAAAAAUGGAUUUAUUCAGAAAUCAAUUCAAAUAAACAUCAAUAUUUUACAAAUAUUUCAGUAUCACCAACAGUAAACUUUUUAACAACAAGUACUACUGAUAUUAAAGUAACAAUUCAAUGGUUCCCAAAUCAAACUACAAUAGAAUUUGCUAAUCAAUCAUUAAUAAUGAAUCCAUCAACUGUUAAAUAUACAAUUGAAGUUGGUAGUUAUAAUUUUAAGAAUAAAUUAAAUCAACUUCAAUUAGUUUUAUCAGCAUCAAUGGAUUCAAGUAAUACUAACAACAUUUGUUCAAAAUCUGAAUUUGGUAAUACAAAUUCUGCAGACAAUUCAAAUUAUGUUAAAAUUCAAGUUGAUAAUCAUUCAUUGUAUGGUAGAUUUAUAAAGAGAGCGAUAAUUGAUUCUCAAGUGAUAUCAAUUGAAAAUGAACAAUUAGAUUCUUCAAUGAAUCCGAUUAAUAAUGGAUCAUCAUCCCAAUCAUUCAUUGGUAUUACAAUUCCAUAUUAUUUAUAUAAUAUAAUACUUGAUCCUGAUUUCUCUGUAUUAAUAGAUAGUAAAAAAGUUUCAUCAAAUGAUGAAAACUCAAUUUGUUCAAAAUCAUCAUCAAAUUCAUCACUGACUGUUUCUCAAUUAGCUGGUAUCAUUAUAGCUUCUGCCGUCAUAUUUUUAAGUAUUUGUGCAGCUUUAAUAUUUAUUUUAAUUAAAAAAAGAAAACAUACAUUAUUAUUAAUAAUGGCAAAAGAUAUAGUUUUAAAAAGAAAGAAAUAA